GAUUUUUUUCAGCAACUGUCAAUGAAUUGUUUUGAUUGCUUCAGACCGAAGACCAGCUCACCAGUACGCAACGAAUCAAAGUCGGCUCCGGUGACCUCUGAGGCACGGUCGCCACUAUCCGUGCCGCAGCAGACGGCGGUGGGGCUCGAAAAGCCAGGGCUCGGUCCGGCCCGGAAGCCACGCUCGAAUUACGCCAGCUUGGACGAGGUGCUCAAGUCGGAGAAGGCGAUGGAGGCGCUGCGACAGUAUAUGGUCACCAUACGGCAGGACCACCUGCUCGACUUCCUCGCCGACGUGGAGCUGUACAGGCGCCAAAGGGACGAGGCCGACCGGCUGAAGCUGUCCCAGCAGAUCUUCACGACGUAUCUGAAAGUACUGGCAGAGCGUGAGGUCGUGCUGGACAAGCCGCUGCGGGACAGCAUCAGCGCCCGCCUGCAGGAGGCCCCCGCCACGCUCUUCGACAGGGCUGAACGUGCCGUCACGGAUGACAUCAGACGUGACGUCUUCCCCCACUUCUUGAAGACGCCGCUGUUCGAGCGGCUGGCCGGCCUCGCCUGAGGCUCGUGUGGCCCAGGGUCACUGACCUCAGGCGUGACCUGGGGUCAGGUGUGACUUGUGUCAGGAGUGACAUACCGCCCCGCGGUGGCCUAAUCUGGGUCCUGGAAUACGCCACCAGCUAGACGACCGUCCAGAUGAUGGUCUGUGUGAUUUACAGUUGCUCUUUCGGCCUUGCUUCAGAUUGGGUCGUCCGUUGAGAGCAUGUGC